AUGGCAAAUAUUGCGAGAUCGAUAAAUGCGUAUUUGAGACGUUCGUCGGCGAAAGAUUGGCGAAAUUAUUUUUUAUCAACGCAUUUUUGGGGACCAGUUGCGAAUUGGGGAAUUCCGAUCGCAGCGAUCGCUGAUUUCAAGAAAAGUCCUGAAAUAAUUUCUGGUCCAAUGACUGCAGCGUUAAUUCUAUAUUCAUCAGCUUUCAUGCGUUUUGCUUGGCUUGUUAAACCUCGAAAUUUGCUGCUUUUCGUUUGUCAUUUCACAAAUUGUAGCGCUCAGACAAUUCAAAUGAUGCGAUUUGUUAAUCAUAAUUUCUUGCAUUUAAUAGAAAAUUCAGCAAUUAAACGUGCAACUGGAACAAUUAAAGAGAAUGCUUAA